AUGGUGACCGGAAUAUCGGAGGAAAAUGAUGAUGAAGAGACUUUUUCGGCUGUUCAUUCUUCAACACCCAGUAUUAAUUCUCAAUCCUACGCGAUUCCUAUAACAGAGGAAAUGUCCAGCUCUUUCCAUGAUUCGAUCAGCACCACUAGCAACUCAAGUGGUAGCUUCGAUAGUGAUGGAAGUAACGUUUCAGAUGUUGUGGAGCAAAAUGAAAUGGACAAUGAAUCUAACGUUGACGAAGAUUUGUUCCUAGAUAACGAUAUCCCUCAGUCAAGCAAUUUGCUACCCACGGAUGCCCAGGAUCCUGGUCCAAUAUUUGACGUUUCUAGAUAUAUUUUUGAUUCUCUAAAACAAUCUAUUGAUUCUGCUGAUUUCUCAGAGGCACUUUCUCUACAGACCAAAACCUCCGCUGUUAUAAAUUCGAAAAGCCUAGAGCUUAAACAAUAUAUUGAUGAAAUGAAGAGCAGGCUCACUCAACUGCAAGAGAAGUUUGAAAAUGGUGAGGCUACUUCAAAAAAAAUAAAACGUGAUUUAGAAACUUCAAGAAAGAACAUCGACUAUUUAAACGCUGCUUUGCGUGUCGAUUUCCCCAUAGAGUUUAAUCAGGCAAGAGAAAAAAUUCUUGAGCGCAGAUUGAAUGAAGACCAUGACUGCUGA